UUGUGAUUCGGUCAGAAUACAGUUCACUUCGCAUGUUAUAGCUGGUGUUAAUCAACUGUAAACAAAACGGGAUGACCAGACAAAUGAUUGUAGGAUUCCAGUCUGCACUAAAGAGGUGACUUGAAACUAAUUCACCAGCAUUGCACAUCAACAAGACAAAUGGAAAAAACUUCAGCUGUGAAAUAAUUGUGAAGCAAGAAGACGUUAAAUCAAACUUUAAUAAUAUUCAGUAUUGACGAUUGUCUGGAACAGUGAGAUUAAAAACAGGAUGUUCUCUGAACUAGCACUGACGGGAAUAGCCCUAGCGUUUUUAGCUUAUGUCUGGAGGAGAUUUUCCAGCAAUCCAGCGCCGAAUUUGCCACCUGGACCAGAAGCGACGUCUGUAUAGGGAUUUAGACACAGACGGCGUUCAUAGGAGUCUUCAUAAAUUGUUUGUGAAAUAUGGACCUGUUGUUCAUAUACGUUUGCUAAAGAGGCAUGUUGUGAUACUGAACACCUCGGAUGUAAUGAGGAAAGCCUUCGAUACAGACGGAUUUGAAGAAUGUCUUAAUGACAAGGCAAAAGGGUUCUUCGGGACAUAUCUGGUUUAUGGCCAUGCUGAUAUUCUGUUGGGUCCAUACACGGAAAGAACGUUUAGGUUAAAAGAGGUCAUGCACAAAGGCUUACAGCCCUCCAUGUCUACUGAGCAACUGCAGUCAGAGCUACAACAACUGGUUGAUGGUUUCAAAGAUCAAACUGGAAAAGAUUUUUGUCCUAGAAAGACCAUUGAAAGCACAAUUGCGGGAAUCAUGACAAUGCUUAUUGCAGGCGAACGUAAAGACUGUGAUGAGAAAAUUAUAAGUGACUUUGUGUUCUGGUCUAAUAAACUAUUAAGUCCAAGAGUAGAGAGCUUGUUGAAAAAUUUACCAUUUCUUAGACAUUUUCCUGGUGAACCGGGUAGUUUGUAUGCUAUAGUCAAGAAAAAAAGGGAUAUUCUGCUGCAAAGGUUCCUGACUGAUUAUCGUGAAACUUACAAAGGCGGAAUUAACUGAGGACUUGUUGACACGUGUUUAAGUAUACAAGAGCGGGAGACACAGAAAGAUGUAUCUUGUUGGCUGACAGAUGAUAUGAUUAGAGCACUUAUCUUAGACACAAUCGGAGGGGGCUUCGUCUCCACAUCGAACACGAUUUUAGCGACAAUAUUAUACUUGUUAAACAAUCGAAGCUGCUUGGAUAAGAUGGUAGAAGAAAUCAAUGCAGUUUUAAGCAAUGGAAAGUUCUGUACUUGGGCUGAUGUGAAAAGAAUGCCAUACUGUUAUGCAGUCGUUCUUGAAACCCAAAGAUACUCUACACUUGUACCGAUUGUUAGCCAUUACUGUUCAACAAAAGAUGUAGAGUUUGAAGGAUUUACUAUACCACGUGACACAAUGGUCUGGGGAAAUAUAUGGUCUGGUCAUCAUGAUGAAUCAGCAUGGACAAAUGCAUGGAAUUUUAAUCCAGAACGAUUCCUCGAUAGUACGGGUAAUUUAUUGCCAGAGGAGGGACCUCUGCGAAAAAGACUUAUACCACUUGGAGUUGGGAAGAGAUACUGUGUUGGAAGUGAUUUUGCCAUGUCGCGAUUGUUUACAUACAUUGUAACAUUAGUGCAGCAUUUUGAUAUUCUUCCUCCAAAAGACACAGAUCUAGAUUCGGACGACCCAAAUCAUUAUACAGGUGGAGCAGUAUUACAAGUGGGAGGCUUUAUGCUUAGAGUAGAAAGAAGAAACUAAUGUGACAAAAAUCUCAAACUGCCUGAUAUUAUUGAAAUCUACUGAUUUAUAAUUAUAUUUAUAUUAGAAAUAAUUUAUUUUUAUGUUUCUCUUACUCUUCAAAACAACAACUACGAGCAAAACAAAGCAAAACAGAACGAACGAACCAAUAGAAAUAACUUAGUUUUACUAAUCAUUACAAGUAUUUUAAUUGCAUAUGAUCAGUGUUAUAUUUUAACUUUAUUAUCAGUUUGUAAGCUUCAGCAUUCAACUUAAGGGUUGCUCUGUAUAAAUGUGUAAAUACUCGAGCUAAUAGGAUACAAUAAUAUAUCUUUCGUGUUUUAUUUAUACAUGUUACAAUUUCAUCUUAAUUAAUUUUACAUAUCCUCCGGAUUUGCUCAUAAUAAGCAAAAUCUGAUCCCAACGUAGACUGUGACAGAUAUUUAUGUGUUAAGCAUCUUACAGAAUUGUUUUCAUGAUUCGGAAGAUAUAAAGUUUGUUUAUACAUAUAAGGCAUUUUUAUUUAUGAUGUUUUAAUAUAUCGGGAAUCUGUUUUUAAAUUGUUAUAUAGCUACAGUAUAUAUGUAUUUGCCAAAGUAUUUUAUAAAGUUUGUUGUUGUUCCUUUA